GGGCUGGGCUUAAGCCGACCCACUUGACAUUAAUCCACUUAAGGCACCAGUGACUCAACACCGAGGCACAAGCACACAGAGCGAGACCAUUUCGGAAUUCCAAGAUUUACAACCACCAUGGCCUCUUCAUUCUCCACUGACUCGUUCGAUCAACUCAGCGACGACUCGCCCGCCCCCACAACUCGGCCCUUCAACGACGACGGAUAUCAAGGCUACGACCCUCGCCUGCCUUCCCAGCGCUUCGACUCCUUCUCCAACUUCGCCGAAUCCGAGUCCGUCGUGGACUCCGCCGUCGAGUCGCCGAUCUACGUCUCGGGCGGUGGAUUCUCGCCCGAUCCGACCGAAUUCUCGAAGGAAGCGAAUGGGACGGGGUUUGACGGCGGCUACGUGGAGGCGAAUGGGCCGAUUUUGCCGCCACCGGCGGAGAUGGAGCACGAGGAAGGAUUCGCCCUUAGAGAAUGGAGGAGGAUGAAUGCAAUUCGACUUGAGGAGAAGGAGAAGAGAGAGAGGGAAUUGUUGAGCCAAAUUAUUGAGGAAGCAGAGGACUACAAGGUUGACUUCUACAGUAAAAGAAAGGUCAGCUGUGAAACCAACAAAGCUGCUAACAGGGAAAAGGAGAAGGUAUUUCUGGCCAGCCAAGAGAAAUUCCAUGCCGACGCAGACAAGAACUACUGGAAGACAAUCGCAGACCUCAUCCCUAAUGAAUUGCCAACAAUAGUGAAGAAGAGAGGAAAGAAAGAACAGGAGAAGCAGCCGUCCAUUGUUGUAGUACAAGGGCCAAAGCCUGGAAAACCAACUGACCUAGCGAGGAUGAGGCAGAUACUCAUAAAGCUGAAGCACAAUACACCUCCACACCUGAAGCCUUCUCCUCCGCCAGCACCCACCACCAAGGAUGCCAAAACUGGUGGUGAAGGUUCCGUUGCUACUACCGCUCCUCCAAAGGAUGUACCCACAGCAACCCCUGUUGAGGCUAUAGCCGUUGCUUGAGGGUUUCGUGGUAGUCUUUAGUUACUAUUAGCUUUGUAAGUCGAGCUCUGGUUGCAUGGAGCUGAACUUUUAUUAUAUAUAUUUUCUUUCUGUAUAUGUAAGGAAAACAUGGUUUUCCAGAGUUUUUACUGUGAUGUGUAGUAAAAUUGCAUUUCUGCUAGGUGGAGUGCAACCCCUUUGUGUCGGGCAAACCUUUUUAGGACUCUAGCAGACUCGGUUGCUUUGAUUUGUUAUAAUACACUACUUCCUUUCAGUUCA